CAGUUGUUUGGCCUAACUGUAUAACGGUGUAAACAUAACACAUACAUACAAGUAUGUAGGUAUGUAUAUAAAUAACUUAAGGUUUACCACAAGCCCAGCUGACGUGAGCGUAGUGAGUGUUUGGCUGCCGCAUGGCUAUUCCGUCCUAGUUUUAUCACUUUUUACCUUAUCUCCCAUACGUUUAAGCAUACAGAGGAACUGUUUUACUUUUGAAAUUAGUCGUCGAUCGAUUUGUGGUGGGUUUCGUUGAUUUACGAAGCUUUUAUUCGUUCUCAGUAAUUUUCAUUCAGUUUUAAUGACCCAUACUAAUAAACUAUUUAUGCAGAUAGAUAAUUGUUACAUAUUGUAUGAUCAGCUCAAAUGACUAAUUUUUUUGGAAUUGAAUAAUUGUUGUUUUGAGCGCUCUUGACAUAAGCAAUCAAAAUGGUUAACUCAGAGCUCAUAACAUCACAUCUUAAUGAGUGUAAAUAAGAUCAGUAAGCCAGCAUAUAAAUCUACAAAUAAAUAUACAGACAUAUGUACAUAAUUAGGCAAAUGUAACUACACAUGUACAUACAUAUGUAUAUAAAUUUAUAUUUCCAAGCGAGUAUCUACAAAAGAAUUAUAAUUUUAUGCAACUCAGUGGAUUCGAAAGAUCAGUAAAGAAUCGACAUUUGAAGAGCAAAGACGCUAUUAAUACGAAAGCAACAAAUUUUCUGGGGGAAUUGAAAACAUGAAAACCUUAAGGAAUACUUUCGCGCUUGCCAUAAUAAUAGUUAGCUGUGCGACACUUGUUCCUGCUUUGCCCCGACCCGCUAACGAUCCCAACGCCGAUUUUGAAUUGAUAAGCGGUGGCACCCAGGUUGGUCCUAAGCCCACUUUUGUGCCAGUCACACGAAAACCACUGAUAAUAAACACCUCACCGCCGACUCCAGCAAACUCGAAGAAUUUCGCCUUUGACCCGAUUAGCAAAACAUGGACUUUCGUGAAAAAGGACGCUCCCAUAUCCUCGGAAGGCACACUUUUAUGGAACCAAAGUAACGACAAAUGGCUGACCGAAACAGCUAGGCGCGUCUAAUUAGACCAACACCAUUUAUAGAUAAUUAAAAAUAAUUGUCCAAACAAAUACAAUUUUUUUUUAUUUAUAAGGAUUAACGAAAAAAAGUCACCAAAAUUAUGGCACAUAAUAUUUUUAAUAUAUUGCAUGCAACCCUGUUUAGGCAGCAAACAGCUGAUCCUAUUGUUUACAUUUUUGCUAUAAUGUUGUGGAUAAAUAAGAAUAUGAUAUUGAAUCAGUUUUAGAAAAAGAGUCAUGCCAAUCACAGAACGGGAAAAAUUAGGUAUCGUGGACUUUUUAGUAAACGAGGAGCAGAAUGUACCUGUAUUGCUGCAAGUUGCGAGAUCAGUGACAAAAAAUAUAUGCGAGGUUACAACAGCGCAAGAAGCACUUGACUAUGUAUAUAUACAAAUUGGCGAUACUCUAACUUUGCUUAACAAACGAGCCAUAACUCGAGAAAUGCUUUUUAAAUAUCUACAUCACAGAAAAAUUCAAGUUAAUGCAGACUUCACCAAGAGCGCAUUAAUUAGUAAAAUCAUAGAAUAUUGGAAUACCUUACAAACCAAGAGUGAACACAUAACUCAUAAUACUGAUAGUGUUGACAAUCAAAUAACUUUGCCAUAUGAAAGCGAAAAAACUUUUUUCAACCAGGUCGAUUCCACUGUUACGACGCACUCUAACGAUUGGAAUGACAAAGAGGCUCCGUACCCCAUUCACUUGCUGGCUCGCAAAUUUACAGAGUGGUUUUUUAGCAAUCUCAAUAUGCAAGCAUUAAAUGUCGAAGAUUUUUGGUCAGAUGCAACGCUCCAACUGCGUAUAGCUGCUACGGAUCAAAUUAAUGAUUACGAAUGCGAUAGUGCUAGCGAAGUUAUAACAAAUCUUUUCAAGUCAAAAGAACAGUUUGGUUUUUACUUCAAUCCGAAUCUCACACAUGCUGGUGUUCAAGGACGUAUGAAUGUGCAUGGCUUAGUGCUGGUACUGGCAUGUGGUACACUGCACACUGAGCAGAAUUGCGUAGGGGUAUUUGAGUGUACAUUUGGACUGUUACGCGAUCCAUUCGCUGAGAACAAUUGGAAAGUGAAAACAAUGCAAUGUAUUUUACGCAGUCAGACAGCCCCGUCAAUGCCUAGCUUAUGCGAAAGUGAAACUCUCAAAGAAGCACUUUGCCUGCCGAUACCGAAAGGUGAAAUUACGUAGCAUAUAACUAUAUAUACAUAUAUCAUCACUAUUAUAAUUAUUUAUUUGGAUUUAGUAGGGAUAUUUAUUAAAAUAGUCUGAUUGUCUCAUUUGUAUUUAUUUGUUUAUAAAUAAAGCUGUUGUUAAAAAAUA